GAAUAACAAGUGUAAUAUCCACUAAAGCAAAGCUUAAGUAUAUAACACCAACAGUCUUUGAAGAGGAAUAUGUUGAUAUUCCUAUAGGUGUUGUUAGCAUUGAUCAGCACUCUUCUCCUAUCACUGUUGAGGACACAAAUCAGGACAAUGUCAGAGAACCUCCU